CUCUCCUGCCCUCUCCCCUCGCGUACCCUCGCUCCCCGUCCUCUGCUCUGCUCUCCCUACUCUCAUGACUUGUCCACGACAGGUUUAUGUACAUAUAUGUGACCGGCCUUUGACCUCGGUGGUCUGCUUGGAGUCUUUCUGAAGACACGUUCCGAUCAGUAGUAUCUGUUGCUGGUCAGACUUUGAUGCGGUCUCUCUCGAAGUUGCUGGUUGUGGACAUUCCACGUUCAGUAAGGAUUCGAGGCCGGAUUCUUGUGUCUGUGCGCAAUGGAGGGAGGGGAGGAGGGGGAAGGGAAGGGUAGGGUUGGGGGGGGAGGAAAGAGCAGAGGAGAGCAAGGUUUGGAGGUGGGUAUCAGGAAUAGCAAGAAAAGGGACAGAAGGGAGGUAAGAUUGAAAGUUUGAAACUCACUGUUCAGACUUUCAGAUGAUUUUAGAAUUUCAAUCUUGACUCUCUUCUUCCCUUUUUCUUGCAACUUCUGGAGUUGGUGGCUGCUUCGCUGCGACAGUCGGUCGAAUUCCCUCGCAAGUGUGCAGAGAAGUAUCUGCGAUCAUUCUCGAGUCAGCUGUUUGACCCUGCCAUAUUUUCGGACUCGAUGUUUAAAUCCGAGAGUGGCUUCCAUGGAGGAAAGCCAAAUUUCGCUAGAUGUUUACAGACUGAUUAGCAGGUCUCCCUGGGAUGACUGGAUGGUUUUGACAGAGGUCUCGCAUGAAGUUCUUUUGCAGGCAUGGGAAGAGCGGGAGCCGGACUGUGUACUGGAUUAGACAAGGAGGUCCACAUCGAGAGAUAAGAUGCUGACCCUGCAAGUUGUCAUUGCACAGAUUUUUUGGCUACGUUGCAGGCAAAUGAGAAGCUGGACAAGGAUGAGAAUCAGCGAGAGAACGCAGGGAAGGGAGGCCAGUAGGCAGAAUAACGGCUAAAUGGUUAUUUAGUCGAACGAUUCGCUCAUGACAGGCAGCUGCUAUCGUACAGCUGUCUAUAUUUAUGCGUGUGUAUAUUUCUGUCCUUCUCAUCAGACUUCGCCUCUCUCAAGAGAUUGAUCUGGAGUUCCGGAUCUCUGCCUUCAGUUGUCUGAUAAUAAAGUAUAAAGUUUGGA